AGAAGAAAUGCCUAACCUACAAUAUAAUUCUCGAUUUUGAUUACAUUUCAAAAACAGAAUAUAUCAAAACUUACUGUCUUAUCGCAGCUGAUUCUUAUGAAAUGGUUGAUCUCAAGAAAGAUUUAGAAGAAUAUCUUCUUCUUCAGAAUGAUCAGAAGAAAAAUUUUAAGAUACAAAUGCCAGCAAUUCCUAAGCCUUCAUUACCAAAGUGGUUCAACAAAGAAGAACCAGCUGAAGAGGGUUGGUUCCAAGAAACAAAAAAAGAUUGUUGUCCUAGUUUGAGUCGAUUCCAAAGGUGGACAUUUUUCGGAAUAUGUAUUUGUGUAGGGGGAUUAUGUUUUUCUCUCUCCAUGCUCUAUGUUCCUGUUUUGAUAUUGAAAGCUAGAAAAUUUGCACUAUUAUUCACAUUAGGCAGUUUUUUCUUUGUCCUUGGAUUUUUUUUCCUAAUGGGGCCAUGGUCCUAUUUGAAGCUUAUGUUCACCAAAGAAAGACUACUUCUUACUAUGUGUUACCUUGGCACAUUAUUUGCAACAUUAUACAGUGCUCUUCACCUUCAAAGCACUCCAUUAACAGUAUUAUUUGCUGUUUUUCAAAUAAUAAGUCUGUUUUGGACAGUACUGUCCAAUAUUCCUGGAGGUGCAACAGGAUUAAGUUUUUUCACGAAAAUUUUUUCAUCUUCAGUCUCAAGUACUUUACCUGUAUAGAAAACAAUUCAAAUUCAGAUAUUUGAAUUUGUAUAUAAUGCAUAAAUUAUAUUGAUAGAUUAAAUAAGAGAAAAAUUGUUGUGAUAUAUUUGUUGGUUACAUAUUUAUAAUGUUAUCUAUAUAACAUGCAUAUCAAAUCCACCAUAAGGGUUCUAUUUACUCUUCUCAUCCGUGAAAUGAAAGACUGUAUUAUAGUUUUUAUAACAAAUAUUUAUUGAUGUUUGAAAUAUUAGUACCUAAUUUUCUGUUAUAAUUUAUGUUUAAAGGUUUGCUUGGGACGAAUGUUAAUCAUAGUUCAUUUAGUGAGAGAUUUAAUUCAUAGGCAUGUGUAAGCAUUCUAAGUAGAUUCUAUUGAUAUUCUUACUUGAAUCAAAUGAAAUGUGAAUGAAAAAGUAAUUAAAUUUCGUACAACAAACAAUAAAA